GCCAUUUAAUCUCCGUUUUUGGUCUGUUUGACCGUCGCCCGGUUUGCCUUCAGCUGUCCUGUCAAACCGACUGGAUCUGCUGUCUGUGUCCGCCAGCGGGAUGAAACCGACAUAGUGAUAACGGAGCAUCCCCCCCGCGUCCUCCUGUCCACGAGCGGAGCUUUGCUCCCACUCUCCUACCGACGGAGAUAUGAGACAUCCACUGCUCGAUGCAGCCCUGACAUUGUGGCUAUUUGUAGAGUGUGUAGAGGCGAAAAAGUACUGCUGGUAUUUCGAAGGUGGAUACCCUAUCUACUUCAUAUGCCGUUCCUACGAGGACUGCUGUGGGACUCGCUGCUGUGUGAGAGCCCUGUCCAUCCAAAGACUAUGGUACUUCUGGGUACUGCUGAUGAUGGGAGUGUUGUUCUGCUGUGGUGCAGGCUUCUUCAUUCGCAGAAGGAUGUACCCGUCUCCUCUGAGAGACGAGCCAGCCUUCAACGUCUCCUUCACUAGGCACCCUGUUACCACACCAGUUUCCCAGCAGCCAGGGAGCAUGCAGGGCUUCGGGGUGAACGGAUUGGCAGGAGGCGACCCAGGGGUUACCAUGACACACCCGCCGUACCCGCCACAGCCUGGCUCCACCCACAUGAUGAUGGGUUCCUAUCCGCCACCUCCGUCAUACUGCAACCAUCCUCCACCGCCCUACGAACAAAUAUUUAGAAACAGCGACAAGAAGUGAUGUCUGCAAGGACUCGAGGAUGAAACGAAAUAAGGGAACGUGGCACUGAGGCUGAAUCAUCAGGAUGUUUAGACACACAGGGACAUGUGCCAGUGGACAGCGUUUUUUUGAUGUAAAAACUGGAAAACACACACUCUUCUCCCAUGUGGAAAAGACUGAAAAAGCACAGUAACCAGUCACUCAUUCACCAUUUCCUUUCUAGCUCACACUACACACAAACAGAUUCAUCUGAGGCCUCCUUUUUCUGAAUCCACAUGUAUGUACCAGCUUUCUGAACUGACGAUAAGUGAGGAUGGACGGAGUAAGUCAGAGGUUUCAUUCAGUAUCUCGCUCAGAAAAAGAAACUGCCAUGUGCAUUCAACAUUUUGAUUUUUAAAGGUUCUUCUAAGAUUCUUCUGCUAUUAGGAAAACUGAAAAUACUGACAGCGAGCUCCAUAAUUAUAAAAAGGUCAGUUAGAAAAUGCCUUCUGUAGCCAGCAUUUUAGUGCAACAGCUCUUUACAUAACGAUGAGAUCACGAUCCAUUUUAUGUUACAGAUGUUUUUCCCAGUCAUGUAAAGACAUAACGAGCAGGCAGUGGCUCAUUUUCCUGAAAGCAGUGACAGUUUCGCCUCAACAAAAUUUAUGUUCUCGCUCUUUUCAUCAGCGUCAGACGUCGAUUCUUAGUGCGAGGACAAACGAGAGGGCGUGUCACUGCUCUGAGUUUCACUGUCACGCAGGCACGAUUAGCUCUUUGGGUAAAUGUGUGUGCCUGAGAGGCAGCACAUGUGUAAGAACAGGAACACCUACUGUUGUUUUGGGAGCAGUGUUUGUGUACUCAUUCAAAAAAGUCAUGCAUCACAUCAUUUGUCAUGCUACUCGCUACAUUCAUUUUGCAUUACUCACCAACAUGGCCUGUAGUACACCAUUAAGUUAACAUAUAUACCUUAGCCUGCAGUCCCACUGACACAAGAACACACAAGGUGUUUUUUUGUUGUGUUUGACUGCUCCUCUGUGCUUUUGUCGAAGUCAAAAGUCAAGCUUGGUUGGGGUCAGCAUGCGUUCAGUUUUACAUCAUUCUGGGUUCUGUUGUUUUGACUACAUUUAUUGGCCUUUCUUUGUCAGGUAAUUAAAACAGUUACAUCACAGUUUAAAGUAAAAGAUGGUACUAUGUGUGUCUGUGGGACAGCAGUGAUAUGUCUUUUCCAUCAUCGUACAAUUCAGUCUAGCCUGAUUUCUUACAGACUGUCAGGAUGUCAGACAACACACAGGCAGAUUUAACAGUGUAUCAGUGAAAACAGAAAAACCUAUUCAGAAGACACAGCAGCACACCAGAACACUAACAUAACCACUGCAACAACAUAUGCCAGUUCAGCACUGCUGAAUGCGGGAUGUGGAUGGUAGCAUUUUCCAUGGCUGUGUGACGGAUGGUGCAGCGUCGGAGAUGCAGCAGCGAUGCUCUUCUAUCCUCUGUCAGACCUGCUGAGUCACUAUGUGUGCAGAGCACAGGGCACAUCUAGGAAACCAUCACUUGCAUUCAUCUUAUUUGAGGAUGUUAAUGGUCCAUAUACUCUGCAAAUGUGACCUUCCUCCAUUUAGCAAGCUUUUUGCUACGAUGCUCAUUUUUCUAUAACAUUGCUGCAACAUGCAUCAAUCCUUAGUUUGCACAUUUUUGUUAAAAUUCUUAAAAUUAGAGCUGCAGAUUUAUAAGAUACUUGGACCUAAAUUAUUAUUUAGCAAUUCUUGAUUAUUUAUGCGCAGUAAAAUUUGAUUUGAUGCUUGUUCAAAUGAUUUAUUCUUGCACAACCUCUGGUACCUGAUGAUGAAGAUAAAUGGAAUUAUGUAUUAUUGAUGCUGUGGUUUUAAUUCAUUUACUGGCUCAGUGUGUUUGCAUGAGAGUGGUGGGCAGAUCUCAGGCUGUCUCUGAGUGUUAAAUAGUUAAAUGCUGCCGGAUGUCCAUCAGUCCUACAUGUUGAAGCGUGCAUGCCCUGCUCGUGUUAUAUUUUUUUAAUCAGGCAGUGGAUCUGGACACUGUGUUUUAUCUGGUUAUUUCGCACUCAGUGAUGUUCCUUUAAAGGUUGUAUGUGACAGUAAGUGCACGCUAAAAUGGGGCGUUAGCAGUAUUGGGGCACAGUGUACAGGAACCAUGCAACAUUAUAUGCUGUAGAAUGCAUCGAGCUAAAACCACGAUGGUCAGUAAACCUCAGAGCCAGCAGCAGCACAAAGCAGCUGAUCACAAUCUGCACACAAAGAACAUAAAACAAGUGAUGCUCUAAGUAGUGUUUUGAACACUGGGACAUGCUCAUUAGUUCACAUGAACCUGUCUGUGAGCAUAAUAUGGUUUGCCCAUCAGUGUCAGCACUGAGCAGGGCACCACGAUUUGAUCUACAAUAUUAUCUGUCCAAAGUCAUGUUCAGUUCAACACACAGUGUCACAGCACUAAUUCAUGAUUUGUGAUGGCAUCAAAGACAUAUUGUACAUUUACAAGGAUAAGAACUUUUCCUUAUUGCCUUUUGUCAAACCAUUCACUGUUCGGUAUGUGAUAUUCCAGACUCACUGUAUACAUAUUCUGACACAUGCUCUGAGUAAUUAUGGCUGAAUAUAACGAAAAUUUGGAAAAGGUGAUUUUUUCCCCCCCUUUUUGGUAUUGUAGGUACUCUCAGCAGAGUAUGUACUGAGGCUGUAGCUCAUUCACUGCUGAAGAAGGAGGAAACCCACAAGCACAGCAAAAACUGCAGUAAUCUACUUUAGGUUGUUUCAGCUAGCGCCACACAUUUGAUUUGGUGGGCCCCAAACAGUUUUGUGUAUUUUCUCCCAGGAUCAAACUUUUGCUUGACAGACAGAUGCGUGAACCACUUUACUAUGGAGCCACUAUAACUGGCUAUAGUGGAACUAGAAUUCUGAAAAAAGUCAGAAUUCUGUCCUCAAACUCGAAAUUCUGAGUUUAAAGUCAGAAUUCUGAAAAAAUUCAGAAUUCUACGAGUUAGAGUUGUUCGUGGAAUUUUUAAGAGGGAAGACAUUUCACAAACUGACUUGUUACACUGGCAUCCCAUUGCAGUACAAUGCUUGAAUUCGGGAGCUCUUUAGAUCAACCUGUUCUUUCACCUGAAUUCAAACGUUAACAGGUGUGGCCUAUUUUGGACCAGGUACUGAAUCUAGUGUUUAAGCGAUUCAGCUUCUCAAAAUUAUGAUAGUUGCUACAAAAUCUGAAAGUUCAUGCAUGUGGAAUUACAAAUAAAGCGAGGAGAGACACAGAUCCACAGGACUUGCUUGCUUUAAUGUAAAUGCACUUAUAAUGGGAGAUGUAAAAUUGUCCUCAAAGAUAUAAUAAAUAUCAAUCGAUGACGAUAAGUGAUGGUUUGCAAACAGUGGUGGGCCCCCGCCCCCGUUGAUGGGGUGUGUGGCCCACCAGGUGAAAAAAUAUGACAUGACACUAAAGUGAAUUACUGUGAUUUUACUGUGUUUAUUGUGCUGCUACACUUUCACUUUUACAAUGUGGAUCCUUUGUUAUUUGUGAUGACUGAUAAAAAUUGUAGUGUGGGAUCUUUCUUUAGCUUCUGAAGGGGGGCAGGUCUGAGAACAUAAUUACUGCAGUACAGUAAGUACUCGUAGCUGCUGAUAUUUUGUCCCCCUCCUAGAUAAUCAUACCAGCACAAGGUAGCAAGGUUUGAUCCCUAGACAGGCAUUACCAGUCCUUGCUCUCUGUUUAUGAAAUUGGUCAAAAAUCUGCACAUAAAGACAUUUUUAAACACAUUAAACAUGGUUAACCAGCAACUCAUCACUUGAAUAAAGCAUUGUAUGUUUGUGCAAAUUAGAAACCAUGUGUGUGUAAUCUGACUUGAGAUCAACAUUUCAUCAAUAUUGUAUUUCAACCAUUGGUGGUGCUUUUAAGAUAAGUUAUAUUUAUAAUUUCACACCAUGCGUUUCGAUCACACAGAACAAUGUUGAUACCCUCUGGGUUGACAGCAGACAUGAAACAAUUGUACAGCUGAAUAGCAGAGCCCAUACUGCCUUUGGAUUUAUGUUUGCACAACAAACAUGACGACAACAUCGUGAAUACUGUUUCAUGAGAUUUCUGAGAGCUGUCACACUGUUAACCUCUGCAAUGUGCACACACACACACUUGUGUGAAGUUAGAGGCCGUGUGUGAUUCUGGGAGUGUUGGGCUCCCACAGGUAACCAGGAACAGGUUUUAGAUUGACUCUGGUUUGUUUCUGGUGUCAAGCAGUUGGGCUGGGAAUAGGGAGCACAUAUUAGAAAGGUAUUCAGUUCAGUCAUCUCAAACUAUGCAAUAGAUACUGAAAUAGGUGAAGCAUUUUGAUCCUGCUUUUCUCCUCCCACAUUUACCUCUUUUUCUCUUUUUCAUCUGCUUUCAGACUUACAUUGUACAUUGUGAAAUAUGUAAAUAAAGGUCACUUCUAAUGAGAUGGUA